GGAACCCCGCUGGGCCGGGCCGGCGGCCGGAGCCCGAGGCCGGCGCUGCCCCCCGCACGGGUGGACGGCAUGGUUGGGGACGAUCCCUACAACCCCUACAAAUACUCGGAAGACAACCCCUAUUACAACUAUUACGACACGUACGAGCGACCCCGGCAGAGCGGCCGGUACCGACCCGGUUACGGCACCAGCUACUUCCAGUACGGCCUCCCCGACCUCGUGCCGGAUCCCUACUACAUCCAGGCCUCCACCUACGUGCAGAGGAUGUCCAUGUACAACCUGAGAUGUGCCGCUGAGGAAAACUGCCUGGCCAGUUCAGCUUACAGGUCAGAUGUCAGAGACUAUGACAACCGGGUGCUACUGCGAUUUCCUCAGCGAGUGAAAAACCAAGGCACAUCAGACUUCUUACCGAGCAGACCGAGAUAUUCGUGGGAGUGGCACAGCUGUCACCAGCAUUACCACAGCAUGGAUGAGUUCAGCCACUAUGACCUGCUCGAUGCCAGCUCCCACAGGAGGGUGGCCGAGGGCCACAAAGCGAGUUUCUGUCUCGAAGAUACUUCUUGCGAUUACGGAUACUACAGACGCUACGCCUGUACAGCCCACACCCAGGGGCUGAGCCCUGGGUGCUAUGAUACAUAUGGUGCAGACAUAGACUGUCAGUGGAUUGAUAUUACGGAUGUGCAGCCUGGAAACUACAUUCUGAAGGUCAGUGUGAACCCCAGCUAUCUGGUACCGGAAUCGGAUUACUCCAACAACGUCGUCCGCUGCGAUAUCCGCUACACAGGCCACCACGCGUACGCCUCCGGCUGUACAAUUUCUCCAUACUAAGCAGCAAGAUAAUGGAUGAAUCAGCGCCCAGUGUUUUGAAGUGAAAAUGAUAUAAACUUCAGUAAGAUGUAAAACAUUUGGCAAAAAAGCAUAGAAUAUACCAAACCAAAGGAAUUGUUCUGUUCAGAACACAAGAACUGCUUCACAGCAAAACCUGUAACUGGAUUUUGAGCAACUAAAUUGGCAUUAUCGGGGAAUCUGUGUGUGUGUGCGUGUGUAUGUGUGAGUGCGUACUCUGGCGUAGCUGCGGGAUUUGAAGAUUUAUACCCAAUGCUCCAAAUUCCCCAGGUUCCGCAUUGAAAGAGCUUCCACUCUUUCCGGGGCUCCCCAGGAACCCCGGAGAGCAGACGGCCCAUCUCUGCUGCCUCUCCACGCUAUUGAUGAAGGAGCCAGGCCAUUGAUAGGCCUUUCCAAAGUAGGAGGGUUAUUUGGAAUCUUUGCUGGCUCCCAGGAGGCCCUAAUAAAGGCUGAUUGAGAAACGA